AUGCCCUCCCUCACACCGGUGCUGAACGUAUUGGUGACUGCACUGCUAGUUCAUACGCCUUUCCUCCAACCCAGCACCGCCCUCGUCCCGCCCACCUCUCCUUUCUGUCCUUCGCUCCCUGCCCCCGAAACCCUCUUCUCACUCAACCGCCCAGGUACACGCACCAGGUGGUACACCCACCAGGUGGUCACACAGGAGCUCAACGCGCUGCUGGCAGAGCUGCUGCGAUUCCAAGUCAGGGCGUUCCAAAAGGACCCCCUCAAGGCUGAGGUGGGAAAUGGUUUCUUUCCAAAUGUUGCCUUGCCAAGCCAGAAGAUGAUGGACAGCGAUUGCCAUGUCUCAUUCAUCGUGCCAGUCUUUGAACCGCCCGCGCUGCCGGAUAGGGGCAGCACAUCCCCACCCAGCCUGGGCGAGGUGGAUGUAGAUGAAGUGAACACCUCACUCCCACCACCAUCUCACUCCCACCACCAUCUCACUCCCACCACCAUCUCACUCCCACCACCAUCUCACUCCCACCACCUCCUCACUCCCACCACCUCCUCACUCCCACCACCUCCUCACUCCCACCACCUCCUCACUCCCACCACCUCCUCACUCCCACCACCUCCUCACUCCCACCACCUCCUCACUCCCACCACCUCCGCACUCCCACCACCUCCUCACUCCCACCACCUCCUCACUCCCACCACCUCCUCACUCCCACCACCUCCUCACUCCCACCACCUCCUCACUCCCACCACCUCCUCACUCCCACCACCUCCUCACUCCCACCACCUCCUCACUCCCACCACCUCCUCACUCCCACCACCUCCUCACUCCCACCACCUCCUCACUCCCACCACCUCCUCACUCCCACCACCUCCUCACUCCCACCACCUCCUCACUCCCACCACCUCCUCACUCCCACCACCUCCUCACUCCCACCACCUCCUCACUCCCACCACCUCCUCACUCCCACCACCUCUCACUCUCACCCUCCUCACUCCCACCACCUCCUCACUCCCACCUCCUCCUCACUCUCACCACCUCCUCACUCCCACCACCUCCUCACUCCCACCACCUCCUCACUCCCACCACCUCCUCACUCCCACCACCUCCUCACUCCCACCACCUCCUCACUCCCACCACCACCUCUGCCAUGCAGAAGAGUCUGAAGGGGCAGCAAGAGGUCCAGUCAACCAGGCUGGAACCUAG